AUCACCAAAUUUCGAGGCAGUUGACGACACACACAGCCGCAACAGUGAAUGGGUCGCCUUCAAGAGUAUGAGGUUAUCGGGCGCCACUUGCCCACCGAGGCCAACCCCGAGCCCUCGCUGUACCGCAUGACCAUCUUCGCCCCCAACACCACGGUCGCCAAGUCCCGCUUCUGGUACUUCAUCCGCGGUCUCAAGAAGGUCAAGAAGGCCACUGGUGAGAUUGUCAGCGUCAAGACGCUGCACGAGAAGCACCCCCAGAAGAUCAAGAACUUUGGCAUCUGGAUCCGCUACGACUCGCGCUCCGGCACCCACAACAUGUACCGCGAGUACCGCGAGAUGAGCCGCGCGGACGCCGUCGAGACCCUGUACUCCGACAUGGCCGCCCGCCACCGCGCCCGCUUCAGGUCCAUCCACAUCCUCCGCGUCGUCGAGCUCGAGAAGACCGAGGACAUCAAGCGCCCCUACAUCCGCCAACUCGUCACCAAGGACCUCAAGUUCCCUCUCCCCCACCGUGUUCCCAAGCUGGACGCCAAGAAGGUGUUCAGUGCCAAGCGUCCUUCGACCUUCGCUUAGACUGUUGUUGCUUUUGGUAUGGCGGAACGGUUGGGCUGGCUUUGCGGGUGUUUACUACGGAUCAAGGAAAUAUCAACUGCAUGGGCUCGGCAAAACGGGCGAUGAAUGAAAGUCAAAUU